AUGUCCCUGGUGGCUUAUGCCAGCAGCGAGGAGGAGAGCGACGCCGAGGAAGCCGCCGGAGAGGAGGAGGAGAAGAAUAAGAAAGAAGAAGAAGAGGAGGAGGAAAAAAACGCCGCUUCUCCUCCUUCUCCUCCCGAAACCCCAUCCCGGGGGCUUUUCGCCAACUUGCCUCCCCCCAAAACCCCCGCGGUCGCCCCGAAUUUCCCCCUUUUACCGCCUCCCCAACAUGGAGGGGCUCCCCAUCCUUUCCUCAUGGGCCCCCCGCCUGCUCUGAGGGGUUUCAAUGCCGGGAUCAACCUGCCCCGGGCCUCGGGCAGCAGCGGGAACCGGGAGCAGCCCAGGCUGGAGGGGCUUCUCCUGCCUCCCCCCCGGAACGCAGCCCCCAGCGCCGCCUCUCCCCUCAACCUGCCCCCUCCUGCUGCUUUACCCGGCGCUGGGGGGGAUUUGAACCCCCCCAAACCGAAGAAGAGGUCGGAACCGGUGAGAAUCGCGGCGCCCGAGUUGCCCAAGGGAGAUUCAGAUUCCGAGGAGGAUGAACCAGCCCAGAAGAAAAAAACCCUUCAGGCUCGUGGAGAAGGCUCUGGUUUGUCUGCUCUUCUUCCUCAACCCAAAAACCUGCCAGUCAAGGAGACCAAUCGGGUGCUUUUGCCCCACGUUUUCUCCAGGAAAGGAGGAGAAACCCCCCAAGACUCCAAGCCCCCCAAGCCCCCCAGCUCUUCCUCCAAGCCCAAACCUCUCUCCAAGCCCACCAUUCCCACCACUCCUUCUCCUUCUGCCAUCAAAGCUGCUGCCAAGAGUGCUGCUCUCCAGGUGACCAAGCAGAUCACCCAAGAUGAAGAGGAGAGUGAUGAAGAGGUGGAACCCGAGAACUACUUCUCCUUGUCUGACAGGAAUGAACCCAACGUGGUGGGUGCUGAGACCUUCCUCUACUCCAACACGGUGGUCCCUGAGGAUCCACCUCCUGGGACAGAACCAGAGCCCCAAUUCCAGGACGCUGCUGCUAAUGCCCCUCUGGAGUUCAAGACUGGAGCAGGAUCCAGUGGGGCUCAGCACACUUGGGUGGCCAAACCUGGAGAAGACUAUGGCAACUAUGGCCAGUUCCCAGCCUAUGGAGAGGGUGGAGUGACAGGGGGCUAUUAUCAGGAUUACUACGCCGGUGGGUACUACCAGGAGGUGGAGCCACCACCGGCAGCGCCGCAGGAACCCAGCCCAGACUCCUCCUUCAUCGAUGACGAAGCGUUCAAGCGCCUGCAGGGCAAGAGGAACCGUGGGAGGGAGGAGAUCAACUUUGUGGACAUCAAAGGUGAUGACCAGCUGAGUGGAGCUCAACAGUGGUUGACCAAGUCCUUAACAGAGGAGAAGACCAUGAAGUCCUUCAGCAAGAAAAAGGGAGAUCAACCCACGGGGCAGCAGAGGAGGAAGCACCAGAUCACCUACCUGAUCCACCAGGCCAAGGAGAGGGAACUGGAGCUGAAAAACACGUGGUCGGAAAACAAGCUGAGCCGACGUCAGACUCAGGCUAAAUAUGGUUUCUGA